ACUUCCUUGUCAUGUGACAAAGCCACUCAGUGCGGUGCACAGAUGCUUCCUCUCCAUUGUCAGACCUGGGUGGGAGACAGAAGAUUUGUGCUCACUGCCAUGUUUGUGUGCCUUGAUCACAGGAGCAGUCUACCCUACAGCCUCGUGUGUGACUUUCAGCCCGACUGCCAAGAUGAAUCUGACGAGAAGCUUCUGCAGACGAGACUAUAACUGUGAAGGAUUCACGUGUUUGAACGGUCAGUGUGUCGAUCCUGAUAAAUUAUGUGAUGUGAAUAAGGACUGCUGGGAUGGCUCGGACGAGGAGUGUGACGUGUUUCAGUCUUGGCUUAUCAAUAUGUCUUCUUUUGCUUACCCACCAGCAGUAAUAGACUUUGGUCACAAGAAUGACAUUAUUUACACAUCACUUAACUCAUCUGACGCAUGCCCAGACACCCACUUCCGGUGUCCACCUGACGGUUACUGUCUGCCUGUUUACGUGCGGUGUAACGGCGUGUACGACUGCCCUUAUCACGAGGACGAUGAAGACUGUGCGAGUUACACGUGUCCAGGUUUCUACAGGUGUCGCGCCUCCACCGUGUGCGUGCACGAGGACCACAUGUGUGACGGCCGACCACAGUGUCCACAACACGACGACGAACUGUUCUGUGAGCUCAGCUGUCCACAAGGCUGUGUGUGUCAGGGUCUGGCCUUUGUUUGCUCUGUGACAUUCAAUACACAAACUUUCCCUGCCAUGCGUUACUUAGAUGCCAGUGGCUCUGGAAUGUCAACAUCAGACAUGGCGCCCAGCAUUUACUUAGUCUGGCUUAGUCUAGCAGCUUGUGACAUACAAGUACUUUCCAACAUGUCCCUCCCUAGUCUUCAAACACUGGACCUGAGUAACAACCUCAUCACCUCGCUGGACAUGUCGUACUUCAUGCAGUUUGAAAAUCUCCGAGUUCUUCGUCUUGCCGGAAAUCCCAUGCAGAUGUGGUGUAUCGAGAUAGCUUCUUGUGGUAUGAACAAUCAUGGACAGGAGGAUAUUUUUGUCAGCUCUCUGGCCUUCUGUACUUUGUAUCCACGGAGGCGUCCAUAA